AUGGACUCCCUUGACGAGCAACUCCAUCUGCAGAUCUUGACCUCGCUCGCCUCCAGCUAUGCCCAGAGUCCACAACCCGGAGACGAGUCCUCAAUCCAGACCAUCGUCGGCGGGCUCCCUGAUAGCGUGGCUGGAACAAACAGUCUCGACGAUCAAGACGAAUGGACCGAAUUCGAGAUCAACCACGCCAUCUCAUACACACACUACGUUUCGUCACUCUCAAUCUCUUCUCCAUACCUGGCGACAUCCCUUUCCAAGCUCAAGUCUAUUCUGGAAGGCCUCUUGAUUCAAGGAUCGUUCACAGAUGCGCCCUCGUCUUCUUACGACACUGUGGGCGCGACUUUGGCCGGCUCUCAUAGCCAGGCGCAGCUUUGCAAAAGCCUGGUGAAAGCUUUGAUAUGGGUCGCUUGGGCUAGACCAGAGAUCCGAAACGAGGUCGGCGGGAUUUUGAUCAAUCUGCUCGAACAAGUGUCAGAGUCUUUUGCCGCAGACGGGGGUCAAACGUUCGCUCUCGUCCUACUCAACUCUAUCCACUCUGUUGUUACUCAGUGCCCCCUUCCCCCUUUCGAAACUUCUGUCGCUUCUAGCAUCAUCUCCGCCAUACUCCCCCUCACCACCCCUGUCAAUCUUGUCAAAUUGGUCCAAAAAGACUCUUCCGCUGCCUCGAGCCCUCAAUUUCGUCACUCAAAGAAAAGUCCUUUCAUUGCUGGUCACCCGGAAACUCCAUCGGGUGUCGUUCUGUUUGUCUCUGAGAUCCUUACUGCCUUACUCGCCGCCUUGAUCGUCCCUGCCCCAGCGCCUGAACAGAUCCAGGCCGCUUUCCAGUCCGAAGGACCCGACUCCUUCAAGCCAGUCCUCGUCAACCAGAGCGACCAUCUUGCGGCCCAUCCCAUCAACUCGGAAGGUGUUCGACUUUCUGCGACAGUGCAAGGCAAGGCGGCUCUGGAAGACGCAGACAAGAUGGCGUUGAGGUGGUGGAGUGAUUUGAUGGGAAGCUCGCAUGUGGAUGAAGAGAGGAUGUUGUCGGCUAGGAGGGGUAGCCUGUUCGCCUUUGGGAGAAAUGACCAGGAAGAGGAUGCCGAGCUUCUCGUAGCUGUUCUCUCUCUCAUCAACACGAUCACUCUCCAUCAAAUUGAGCAAGACCAAUCCCAACUCACCAGACUCAAGCUCCUCUUGUCCGAAAGCUCCACCGUCACUGACGCCAAGGUCCUCGAGAAUGCUUUCACUUGUACCUCUAUCCUUGUCAGAAACGACCCAUCUCUCGGGAUGGCCAUCACCCACCACAUCCGCCGCUUGCUCAUGACGCCUCUUCCGGCAUUUGAGGGCGAAAUGGCAGGCUUUGGGAAGGUACCUCCCGCCGUCAUUGCAGCCGGCAAAUGUCUGGCGACGUGCAUCGAGAUGGCUGCGAAUGAUGACCUGACCUCGUCUAUUCUUUAUUCGCUUUUGAACCCUCUCAGUCAUGGCCAAGGAACGACCUUGCCGCCAGGCGAAACUUCGAUCCGCUCCCUCCCCUUGAAUCAGCAUCUGUCCCGCGGAGACGCGGAUAAUAUGACCCUCAAGACUACGUUGACCAGCGGCAAGUGGUCCGAGGAACACAAGAGGCUCGUCUCUGUGACGGCAGUACAAGUCGUCAGUCGGCUUGCUCUGGAGCUCGGUCAAAACGACGUCACACACCUCACGAUAUCCAUGCUCCUCCAGCGGAUUCGAGGAGUCGACCCCGCGACAGAAGCUACCAUCGUCAUCAGCUUGGUACCCCUGGCUCUCUCUAGCUCCAACGCCGACCUCAUUGAAGUCUACCGCGCCUUCUCCCAAAUAUCUCGUUCCUUCCAUCCCGAAGAUCCACGACGUUCGAGGAACGCUGUACUCGCUGCUCAGACUACACUCGCCAGAGGGCUUGACAAGAGAUUGGACUGUGCCGACGGAUAUCUUGUUGAGCUGCUUACUCUGUUUGCCGAUAAAGGGACUCAGACGCAGAUGAUUGCUAUGGCGGCUCAUGGGUACGACUCUAGGGAUAAGGAACAGAUCUCGCAGCUUCAUAAUGAGAGUCAAUUGCGAGUGAGCGACAUGAAGUCGUGGCUCUCUGCUCUCCUUAUUCCGAUCUCGACUCUUCUUUCGCACUCGUGCUACCACCCAAACAGGUCUGCCAGUCCUGAGCUGGUCACGCAUUUUAGAAAUCUGUGGUUCACACUCGUGGUCUUUGGGCUGAGCGGGCAUUCAGGAAAAAAGAUUCUGAGUGAGCACGAGUGGGAGGCGUUGGGAUUGAUUGCGGAGAAGACGCCUGCGCUGGUAUUGGAGAGUUCGAACGAUUUCGUGGCGAGUGAACUGGAGUACAACUCGGUGCUUAGGAAAGACUUUGCUGCCUCGAUACAACAGCGUCAACGACAAGCUCUUUCGGAGUACCUACCUCACCAACGUCAUACAUAUGAUAUCAAGACCAUGACAACUCCCCAAACAACGCUUUUGAUGGCCAUCUACGAUCUUGAAGAAGCCAGGACACUCCGUCACAAGCCUUCGACAAUCUUGCAAUACUUUUGCAACGACAGUCUCAACUCGAGUGCAUUGGUCGGAUGUCUGGCCGCUAUCAUGCAAAAGGCAAGUCCCGUAUUCCUCAAGAGCCUCCAUGUCGAAGUCCUCUCCCACCAAUUGCCUCCAACAGUCAGCCAGGAGGUCUGUGUCAUCCUUGUUGCCUGUACGCACCGGAUGUCCAAGGUUCGAGAGAAGGCUUUGGUCUAUGCGAGAUCACUUCUGGAGACUUUCUCGGCGCUAUUGUGUGAUAGGGAUGUGGUGUUUACGUUGUUGGAGAUCUUGACUCUCAUGAGGCGAGCGUGUGAGCUGCAGUACACUGAUGAGUACUCUCCGGUAUACGAACUCAGCUCGGACAAGAUGGACAUCACCUUGCAUCUCACGGACGACUAUGCCGUACGCAAUAAAAUCGUCACGGACCUUCAUGCUGUUGCCCGCAAAUGGCUCACUUUGGCCAUAUCUCGCGCACCUAUUGAGAUUCAGUCAAUCCUUCAGAACUAUCUCACAGAAUCGAGGGAUGUGUUGUUAAUUGAUAGCGUUGAGAUGGGUGCCGGUCUGGCGCUGCAUUUCUCCAAAGCCAUCUCGAACUUGGACCGUCAAGAGUCCACUAUGCCAAGCAUUGGCGGAUGGCCUUCCGACAGCUCCAACCUCGUCGCCAGUCAAUUCGCUUCCAAGAACUACUUCACUGGCGAGUUGAGCGGCGCAAGACUGAUCUUGGCGAAGGGCUUGAGCGAUCUCCAAGAAGGCUCUCCCACGGAAUCCUCUGAGGAGGAGCUGGUCGCGUUCAAAUCACAGAUGGCGCAAGCUGUAUCCAACAUUAAAACGAAGAGCAAGCCGAUUGACAUCCCCCAGCUGAGGAGAUUGUUGCUUCGUGCUGUGUCCGUUUUGAUCUCGUCCCGAAGAAUGGACCGGGAUUUGCUUCACUACGUUGUCGAACUUCCUAUGACAGCUUUCACGCCGCUGGCGAUCGCUGCGGGUGUUGAUGCUUGGACAUGGCUACUCCGCCACAGGCCCGAAGCUGAAGUCGCCAUUGGUGGCGCCAUCACUGCUGGAUGGACACAGACGAUCAUCUUGAGGAAGGGCUUCUUCAACGAUUCGAUGAACUACCAAGACCCAUUCGAGAUUCCCGUCGAGUACUCUCCCAGCGACAAGAAGAUCUUGGACCUCGAGCUCGCCAAAGCCCGGAGGCUGCUUCGACCCCACACCCUUCUUAUCCAAAUCCUCUCUUCGCAAUUCCAAGCUGUCAAGUACCGUGAACGCGGCAUGACCGUCUCCCUCAUCAGGCUUCUGAUGCGUUCUCUCAAAGCUCACAAAGAGAUGAGCACUCAUCCGCUUGCCAGAGAGGUCAGGUUUUCAUUCUUACUUUUCGGCUUCCAGGUUCUGGCUAGUAGCAAGAUGGAGGCGUUGUUGGAGCUCAAGUUGAGAGACCGAUUGUACCAAGCCGCCUUCUCAUGGUUUGCCGUUAGGCCACAGUGGUCCUUCGGAAGCAACAGGGUUCAGGUUGGUGCAGAGAUCAAGUUGCUUCAGGAUUUCCUUGCAGUGAUCGGAGAUGACACCGUAAGGGGCGACCACGUCACAUCCUCCAUGGCGGACCGACCUCCAGCCUUCCUCGUCCCGGGCUUUGCAUCUAUCCAGGAUUAUGCUGUACAGAACAAGGACCGCGUCAAGCUUCUUGCACUCUUGAUUGAGAACGAGAUCAUGCGACUGUCUGUUUGGGGCAACCCCGUGAACGAAGCAGGAAGGGGGUCAUCUGUGGCUGCCAUUGGAGCCUUGGAGAGAUCAACCGCUGGGCCUGAGUGGGCCCGUCUCGUACAGAAAGCUUGGAAGUUGAAUCCCGCUGUGGCAGUCCACAUGGGAGAACGCUUCAAGAACUUGCCUGUCCAGACGGAAAUCAGCCGAUUGGUCAAGUCUGAUCCCAAGGCUGUGAUUGACGUACCCGAGGCGCUGCAUUUCCUUCUGGGUGACAAGCUCGAGAACGAUGCCAAGCCCGCGCUUAAGUGGCUUCCCGUUUGGGCGGCAGCACCUCCUGUGACAGCGAUCGUUUACUUCCAGCCCCGCUACGGCAAUCAUCCUCUCAUCCUCCAAUACGCCAUGCGCGUCCUUGAACAGCAUCCCGUCGAGUUGACAUUCUUCUUUGUCCCUCAAGUUGUCCAAGGGCUUCGUGCAGAUGGUUUGGGCUAUGUCGAAAGGUUCAUCUUUGAGACUUCCAAGAUCUCUCAACUAUUCUGUCACCAAAUCAUUUGGAACAUGAAGGCGAACACCUACAUGGAUGACAAUGCUUCUCAGCCGGACCCCAUGAAGCCAUUCUUGGAUAAAAUGAUCGAGAUGAUUGUCGCUGGACUCUCGGGUCAGGCUAAAGCGUUCUACGACCUCGAAUUUACAUUCUUCGAUGCCGUCACGUCUAUCUCUGGUAAACUGAAGCCUUACAUCAAAAAGUCCAAGCCCGAGAAGAAGGCCAAGAUCGAUGAGGAGAUGGCUCUCAUCAAUUUGUCUGUCGGUGUCUACUUGCCGAGUAACCCCGAUGGUGUGGUUGUGGACCUGGACAGAAAGUCUGGCCGACCGUUGCAGAGUCACGCCAAGGCACCCUUCAUGGCAACUUUCAAGGUUCAGAAGGAGCGCAUCGACUUGCCUUCCAACUCAUCCAUUGAGAUUGCCGACGAAGCUCAGAUGGUAAAGACAAAGUACGACGUCUGGCAAGCUGCCAUUUUCAAGGUUGGAGACGACUGUCGACAGGAUGUGCUUGCGUUGCAGAUCAUUGCAAUGUUCAAGAAUGUCUUCAACACUAUUGGUUUGACACUAUACCUGUACCCAUAUCGAGUGACGGCCACAGCCCCUGGUUGCGGUGUUAUCGAUGUCGUUCCCAACGCCACCUCCCGAGAUGAGAUGGGCCGAGCCAAGAUCAACGAUCUGGCCUCUUACUUUGUCGACAAAUAUGGCGGCGUCGACACGGCUUCGUUCCAGAAAGCUCGACUGAACUUCAUCCAAUCCAUGGCGGCGUAUUCGGUAGCGUGCUAUAUCUUACAAAUCAAGGACAGACAUAAUGGUAACAUUAUGAUCGACGGGGAAGGACAUAUCGUCCACAUCGGCAAGUCGCAUCACUUCGGUUUCCUUUUCGAUAUUGGACCUGGUGGUGUGAAAUUUGAGCCCUCAAGCUUCAAGCUCAACCACGAAAUGGUCGUGCUCAUGGGCGGCCGAGACUCUCAAGGCUACAAGAUGUUCACUGAGCUUACCGUCAAGGCUUUCCUCGCUAUCCGACCCCAUGCCGACCAAUUGAUCGACGCUGUCCACCUCAUGCUCGGUACUGCUCUCCCAUCGUUCAAGGGAGAAGGUACUAUCACGAGGUUGAGGAACCGUUUCCAAUUACAACUGGGAGAAAGACAGGCGGCGGAAUACAUGAUGGGCGUCAUCAGGAACGCGCAUGAGAACAUGAGGAGUAAUGUGUACGAUGGGUUCCAGAAGAUGCAGAAGUAA